UCCCUCUUGAUGUUAAAUAUAAAUAGUAACAGACUUGUUGAACUUGGGGAGGAUCUUUUUCACGGUCUGAGCAACCGUCACUGAACUUAGUAUUAAUAAUAAUAGCAUCAAAGCUGUGGCAUCCACCUCUUUUAAAUCCAUGACAAGCUUAAAGCUUCUGGACAUUUCUCACAACAAACUGCAACACAUUACAAAAGUUCAUUCAAUAAUACAGCACUUGCCACAUCUACGAGAGCUGUAUAUUAAAAACAACAAUUUAACCACUUUUCAUUCAUGGGAACUGACAAACAGUUCACUAGAACUUAAAUACGUCGAUUUGUCUCAGAAUCCAAUCUCAGUUUUUUCAGUCACUGCAGACGUUUUUCCUAAUCUCACUACACUUAAUAUCGGUGGUACUCAAAGGAAGCAACUGAUGAAAUGGGAUGUGCGUAACAAGACUUUCUUUAGUCGAGUGUCUACUCUUGAUAUUAGUGGGCUUCAAAUGACUUUUGAUGACAUGAAAUCAUUACUAGAGACGGUAAACUCCUCACUAACAUCUCUGAGGAUGAAUGCAAUGAAACAAAACCUCCCAGCAUUAAUCAACAUUUCCUGCUCCAUCCCAACAAUGUCCACACUGCAGCUCCGCUAUAACAAACUCAGAUUUGUCAGUUCCGAUUUGUUUAAGUUGUGCAUUAAUGUAACUGAGUUAGAUUUAACAGGGAAUGAAAUACAACACAUCCACUGCAGGGCCUUCAAAUUUCUUCAGAGUUUAAGUAAUUUGAGUCUGAGUCACAACAGGCUUUCAUCUGUUCCAGCUGCCACAAGGAAUCUACCAACUCUUAGAGAAUUGGAUCUCAGCUCUAAUAACAUCAGAGAACUUGGAUGUGAUGAUUUCACAAAUCAGACGAUGCUCAGACAGCUUAGCCUUUAUCAGAAUUCAGUCUCAGCUCUAAGUGAAUGUGUUUUCAAGGAUUUAAUACAAUUGCAAGUUUUAAAGCUACAGACCAACCGCAUAUCCAAUUUAAAUGGUGCUUUCCAAAUGUACUUGCCAAAUCUUAGACAACUGCUUUUGAAUGGAAAUGAGCUCACUACCAUUAAACAUGGAGAAUUUAGGGGUUUACAGUCCCUCCAGAACUUGUCAUUACAUGACAAUCAAAUACAAGAUCUUAAAAAUAGGUGUUUCAUUGGACUGACAAAUCUUACUGAUAUUCUGCUACAGAAGAAUCACAUCAAAGAAACUGAAAUAAACAAAGGUGUUUUCAAUGAUCUGAUAAAUUUGAGAAGAUUGGAUUUAAGGGAAAAUUGUAUUAAAUAUGACGACUGUUCAGCUUUGCCUUAUGCACCAUUUUCUCAGCUGUCCCGUCUGGAAACACUGGCUAUUCCUUCACAACACCGCAGGUUGAAGUCUCAUUUGCCUCGCAACUUCCUGCAAGGUUUGACAAAUCUGUCAGAGUUCAAUGCCAGGAACAUUCAACUUUUAUCUCUGCACAAAGACAUGUUUAAUUACACACCUCAGCUGCAAACACUUGACAUUAGUUCAAAUGACCUUAGGGAUCUCUCUCCAGAGUUGUUUUCCCCUAUUCAAAACCUUCAAAGCCUUUACAUAUCUCAUGUAGAUCUUGGGUCUCUUGAUUUUCUCAUAGAUGCCAACCUUACCAAACUGGAGUUCUUGCAGGCAAGAAAGAAUCAAUAUUCAGUUAUCAGUGAAGAAAUAAUACAGUCUCUACCAGCUCUUGUUUAUGUGGAUCUUUUUGGGAACAGUUUCACCUGUGACUGUGAUAAUGCAUGGUUACUCAAGUGGAUAGAAAACAACAACCAAACACAAGUUUUUGAUGCCUAUAACUUUGAGUGCAACUAUCCUGUGAACCUUAAAGGCAAGAAACUGUUGGACCUUAGUAUCCAGUCCUGCUCAGUAGACAUUGAAUUCAUCUACUUUAUCUCCACCACAUGUACAAUCCUCCUGUCUAUGGUGGUGUCCUUCACCUACCAUUUCCUGAGGUGGCACCUAGCCUAUGCCUACUACCUCUUCUUGGCUUUUCUCUUUGACACAAAGCAUAAAAACAAGCAAGCUCCUAAUCAGUACGAUGCCUUCAUCUCCUACAAUACCCAUGAUGAGCCCUGGGUCAUCAGAGAGCUGCUGCCAAAACUGGAGGGAGAACAGGGUUGGAGAUUGUGUCUGCACCAUCGAGACUUUGAGCCAGGUAAACCCAUCAUAGACAACAUCACAGAUGCUAUUUAUGGAAGCAGGAAGACCAUCUGCGUGAUCAGUCGCAGAUACCUUGAGAGCGAGUGGUGCUCCAGAGAGAUCCAGGUGGCCAGCUUCCGUCUGUUCGAUGAGCAGAAGGAUGUGCUGAUCCUGGUCUUUCUGGAGGAGAUUCCCACCUACCACCUGUCUCCUUACUACCGCAUGAGGAAACUUCUGAAGAAGCGAACCUACCUGAGCUGGCCCCGAGCUGGAGAGCACACUGAGCUGUUCUGGGAGAAACUGCGCCAGGCUCUGAAGACCAGAGAAGAUUGUGGUGAGGACAGCCUCCUCCUCACUAUGGACAAGCCAUGAUAAAAUGAAUACAGUCCUCUCUAAAUAAGGUUUACAGCCAGCAUAAUUUACUGGUUUGACUGAGUCAUUUUUUACAUAAAAUAGCCAUAAGUUUAAUGAGGCUGCCAUUACUCUUUAUUAUCAAAUAUCUAUCAUUGCUGGUGUUGACAGUACUGGUCUGACACUUUUAUUACAUCAGCUGCACGCACUUAUCUAACUGAAAUGGAAACUCCGGAACUGCAAAUUGAGAAGUUUCCAUACAGCCAAACUAGAAGACCAAGUUAAGACUGUGCGCCAGUGAAAUGAAUUUUUCCAUGUUGAAAGACUGAUGAGUAAGUGAGCUCUGCCUUUCACUUCUGUGCUCUGUGAAAAAGUUUGAGUAAUAGCAGUUUAUUUCCAUCAAACAAUGCUGCAGUGUGUGCAGUGCAGUGUUUAUGACAAAUCUCUGUCCCUCUACUUGCCUGUUGGGGUUGAUAAAAGUCCUAGAAUACAUAUGUAUUUCCUAUUAUUUCUAAGUAUAAUUUUCUAAAUCGUUUUUUACUGUGUUAAUUACAUCUUGUCAUUGCACCCUCUUUUUAUACAGUGUUUUACUGGAGAAUUAGAACCACCAUCUGUGAAUCUGAAUGAACCAACUCCUAAUACUAAAUGGAAAUAAACAUUAAUAUGCAUUUUAUUUGAUUUUUAGUUACAUUUUGUGUUAUAUUUGGAUGGAAAUCUGGCCUCUGUCUUCUUUACUUUUAUUCUCCUUCCUCAAUCAUUUUAUUAUUGCAUAUUUUAAAGUCCAUAACUUGAUUUCUUGCAUUUUUGGCAAUGUAAUUACAAUUCUAAUUCCAACUAUCAUUGUAAUAUAAGAUGAAAUUAGCCAUGUAAAGUAUGUGAUUAUACAGCCGCAGCUUAUUUUUCAUUAUUUGUUCUCCACAUAUAAAAAAAUAAAAGCAUUAAGUAUUUUU